AUGAGAACCCUCUGCUCUGGCGCCCCCUGCAGGAUGUCUGGGCAGCUGCGCGUGGCCGUGGUGGGGGCUGGGGCGGCGGGGCUCUGCGCUGCGCGUCACAUCCUGUCGCGCCAGAACAACUUCCUGCCCCCGGUGGUGUAUGAGCUGAGCGGCGGCGUGGGCGGGACCUGGGUUUACGAAGAGCGCGUGGGCUGCCAUGACAACGGCCUGCCCAUCCACAGCAGCAUGUACCGCAAUCUCAGGACCAACCUGCCCAAGGAGGUGAUGAUGUUCCCGGAUUUCCCCUUUGACCUCCAGCUGCCCUCCUUCCUGCCCCAUCAGGAAGUGAAGCGAUACCUGGAGAGAUACAGUCAGCACUACCGCAUCACCCCUUACAUCCGGUUUAAAACUGUGGUGGAGGAAGUGAAGCCGGUCGCCAUGGAGACGGGGGAGGGAAAGGUGACGUGGGAGGUGACAUCAUCAGGUGGGCAGGGUGGACCGAGGACUGAGACAUUCGACGCUGUGUUCGUCUGCAACGGGCAUUACUCUGACCCCUACCUGCCCGUUUUCCCGGCACACCUGUCUUUCAUGGGCACCCUGCUGCACAGCCACGCCUAUCGAGUCCCAGAGCCUUUCGCCGGCCAAUCAGUGGUGGUGCUAGGGGCAGGAGCGUCGGGAUUGGACAUCUCCAUUGAACUGGCGGGUGUCAAUGCCCAGGUGAUCCCGCCUCCCACCUCCACAUUCUGUCUGGACUGCAGCCCCUACACUGGCCUGAAAUGCAGGUCACGUCUUUCCCAAAGCAUUGUGUAG